UUAAGAUGUUGUUAUUUAAAUGCAAAUUCAGACGAGGUCUCGCGUCGACUAUUCAACAGGAAACACGAAUACAUGACAGUGUCUCACAUCAAUUAAUUCACUGACUGAUGAACACAUAUCCAGUUUACUGUAUGUCUGGCUACUCAAAAUCAACUUUAUGCUGAUGUACCGUAUUCCCAGCAAACAUCAGCUGACGUCUUUAUACAUCGCUCUACUGCUACACACUUACGACAGGACACGGGAAACAUACGACAGAGAAAAUAUCCAACAUGGAGCUACCGAUGCUUGUGUUCUGUACCCUCCUGUUGGGGUUAUUCCUAUGGAAAUUGAACAGUUUGGUUCAAAAAUAUAAAACAUACAUCGGUCUGUAUACAUCCGACAAAGUGAUCAGAUUAGGAAAAUUUCAUCCGUUAUGGGGACAUUUACACUUGUUUGUUCCUCUCUAUAAAUUUCAAAUGUUGGUGGAUAAAGGGAUACGAGAUACAGGACGAAAGAUUACCUGUCACUGGAUGGCCUUCCUUUACCCAAUAUUUGGGGUGUGUCACCCGGCCACGGUCAAGAUUCUCCUUAAAUCAAGUGAACCAAAGAACAAACAGGCAGGCGGGGGCUACUUUACGCUUAUGCCGUGGUUAGGUGAUGGACUACUGAUCAGUGACGGUAAGAAGUGGGAGAGAAACAGACGCUUGUUGACACCAGCAUUCCACUUUGACGUACUCAAAGCCUAUGUACCAAUCUAUAACAAAGUCUUCGACAUCUUCCUGGACAAGAUGGAGGAAGCGACCAGUGGCGGUAAGAGUACAGACAUUUACCAUAGUGUAGGACUUGCUACACUGGAUACUCUGUUGCGCUGUGUUCUGUCGUACGAGGACAAAGUACAAGAACAGGGAUCCAAACAUCCGUAUGUUAACGCAGUACGGACCCUUACCCACAUUGCAGUCAAGAGAAUGAUGGAACCAUGGUUACAUCCAGACGUAUUAUUUAGGUUUUCGUCAUCUGGAAGGAAAUUCUUCAAAUACGCAAAGUUUGUACAUGAUUUUGACGAGAAAGUCAUCAAAGAAAGAAAACAAGCGUUGGCGGCUGAUACGUCAGUGAUGAGUAAACGUCGAUUGGACUUCCUGGACAUUCUGCUGAUCGCCCGAGACGAGCAGGGCGUGGGGCUGACUGACCGUGAGGUCAGGGACGAAGUCGACACCUUCCUGUUCGAGGGACAUGACACGACGGCUUCCUCUCUAAGUUGGGCCAUUUACUCAUUAUCGAAAAAUCCAGAAGAGCAACAAAAGGUCUACGAGGAAGUAACGAAAGUACUUGGUGACAGAACACACGUUGAAUGGUCUAAAAUUAAGGAGCUUUCCUGUCUCACGUUGGUCCUGAAGGAAUCCAUGCGUAUGUUUUCCCCAGUACCUUCAGUAGGCCGUAUCACAACACAGGAAGUAGACCUUGACGGCUUCAAGAUUCCCGCCAAUAUUGAGAUAUACGUUUUGAUACAGGCUCUUAACAACCGGGAGGAUUUAUGGGGCGAUCCAAAGAUCUUCCGACCUGACAGAUUUGUUGUGGAGCCCGAGAAAGACCCUUACAGCUACGUACCUUUCUCCGCUGGACCAAGAAACUGUAUAGGCCAACACUUCGCCCUGGAUGAACAGAAAGUCGCUCUUGCAAAAUUAGUACAAAGAUUUAAGGUAUUACCUGAUCCUGAUUAUGAACCGGAACUAGAUUUGGACCUCGUCCUGCGCUCUCAGAACGGGAUACGUAUAAAGUUGGAGAAGAGAUUAUGAUUUGGACUUCAGUCAUUUUUGUAAAGCUUGAUAGCAAUCUGGUUAAAAAACAAAAAUACGAACUAAGCUUUCAUUCAUAUGAAAAAAAGUCCAUAAAUGGUACAUAUUACAGUUGUGGGAACGCACAACGUAACACGACGUGCGGUGUGCACGAUGUAUGCACGAUGUGCGAACGAUUGAAAUCUGGACGAUUAUUGCUUGCGCACAUUUGUGCGGACUAUGGACGUUGUGCGAGGACAAUCGUGGUUGGUGUAAAUUGAGAAAUGGCUAAACAAUAAAUACGGCCUCGUGUUUAAACAUAUAAGCUACAUAUAUCAGCUGAUCUUUCUAUCUAUUUUCUAUCUUUUUUAAUUCAGAAAUAAUAUUUUCGGUGUUUUUCAAACGACCCAAAUCGACACAUGUAAAAUAGCACAUACAUAUAUUGACUCGGUCACGUACAUUUGUAUACAGGUAAAC